GGGAGAUAAUCUAUAUGCAAUGUCAAAGUCAAGUCAUACACUCGGUAUCAAACUUAACUAUCAAGUACUUGGUUUAAACAACAACAAUACAAGCCCCUUGAUUUUCUUGAUUCAUGGAGCUGGAGGUGAUCUGCAUCAUUAUGCAUCAGUUACACCACAUUUGAUUGAAUCUGGGUAUCGUGUCUUAUUGAUGGAUGUGCGCUUUCAUGGUCUCUCCCAGCCUACUAAAGCAAUAGAACAAGUAAACUUUAGUUUUGAAGACGUGAUACAUGACAUGAAUUGGAUAUUAAGACAAGUGAAGCAAGAAUUCUAUGCUGGUCAUACUAUUCAGCUCUUUCUGGGUGGAUUAUCAAUGGGAGGUAUGAUAUCUUUACUUUACGCUCAAAGUAAAGCUUGUGGUAAUUAUACAUGGGACAAUAUUAUACUCAGAGGUGUGAUUCCUAUGGCUGCGGGUAUUCCCUGCAUGGAACUAGAAAGACAAGGUUGGGAUGUCUAUCGAGAAAGAAAAGCUACACCUGAAUUUCUGGAAUGGAGCAAAUCAGCCAUCAUUCAGUCCUCUUUAACACUUGAGGGACAAAAAGAAACAGAAAGAGCCAUCAAGUCUAUAUCUGAUGCUGCCAUGUAUGAAUGUAUGGUGGCCAUUGCCAUGCAACUUCCAAAUCCAUCAAAUCCACCUAUUUCAUAUAAACCAACCGUCUUUGUUCCUAUGCUUUUGAUCUUACCUGAAGGAGAUGAAUAUACAAGAAAAGAAAUCGAAUUACUUCAUCAGAUCAACCUUAAACAUGGCAUCAGUAGCCAUCUUAUUGUUGUACCUAAUGCUGGUCACAUGAUCGUUCUAGAUAAGAGUAAAGACGUAAGCCAGUAUAUUGUCGAGUUUUGCUCUAGAGUGAUGACUACAAAAUGA